UUAUUUUUUUAAUAUAUUCAAUGAAUAACGAACAAGUUUUAUUGAACACUGACCUAAAGACGAAAAAUAAAUUGGAAGUAUUGAGCUUUUGAAUAAUAUUUUUUUUUUACUUAAAUUAAUUCUUCUAGGUUUUUUAAAAAUGUAAAUUGUUUAUAUAAUUUCUAAAAAUACGUUUUGAAAUGCUGAGUUGUUUUUUUUCUUUUUAUAUGAAAAAAUUGUUUAAUUUGUUUGUCAUAUUUUGAAUUGACAUGAUGUUAAAAGUUUAAUAUGAUUUUUUAUUUUUUUGAAUCUUAUAAUGUUAAACUCAAAAUGAUAAGAAAAGUAUAUAAACAAAUUAGACUUGAAUCUAACUUGUCCAAAAAAUAAUUUCAUACGAGCUAUAUUGAAGGCACAUUUAGGGACAAAAUCUCUAACUAUAAGGCUUCAGGCUCAGAGUCGCAAGCAGCAGAACGAUUAACAGGCUGAGAUCCGCUUUAUGGGCCUUCUUUUCUUGGGCCCAGUGGAUGUUCCCUGAUGAAAUGAAAGCCUCUGUAGUUUGAAUCCAAGCAUUGGCGCGCGUAUAAAUAGCUAACACGUCUUCAAUUUGAACUUCGCAUAGCCAUUUCAAAUCUUAGCACUAUGGGGAAGCGUAUGAGGAGAACAAGACCGCUCUGUAGCUGUGUAUCUCCUCGAUUGAAAUUUCUCACUCCUCACUCUAUCUUCUCCUGGUACGAAGAGGACCUGUGGACAGAGAUUGCUAAGUUCUUGGAUGGAAGAUCUUUGGUGAUGCUUGCAUCAACUAGCAAAUGGUUCCAUCGUAUCAUUAUGGAGGACAUCAUAUGGAAACAUGCCUGCUUGCGAGACCUCCAGGUUCCUGACCCUGGAAAAGUAGCAUUCAAAUGGAUCAACUUAUAUGCAGCAGCCUUUAAUGGAUGUCAUUCUUACAAGUUCCGCCAGCAGGAUAAACAUAUUGACUGGAUGCGCAUUGGAGCAUUUUCCUUUGACUCGCAAAAUGCACUCUUGACAGAGAAUUUGAUCCCUCCCUUGAAAGUCCUUAAGGAGAAGACAACAGAGAAGAUGUUGGAGUCAAACGGGUGCUGUGUGGUCAGAAAUGUCAAGAGUGGAAUCUGGAUUGCUGAUUUGCAGCUUGUUCGUUGCCCAGUCUGUGACCUGAACACAUGUGAUGGAACAAUGCAGGUAUUAGAUGCAAGACAUAUUGAACUGUUCCUAAGUGAAGGAUACCAGGAUGGAAGCUGGGAUUAUGAGUUGCUAGGUUCCCACAACGAGAAGAAGCAAGCUAAUGGAGCCUCUGCUGGUAUAUUUGAUAUCAAACAUCUCAAAGAUCACUCAACUUCUGCUGUCCUUGAUCUCAAGUCAUGGGUAGGAAAGCCCAAUGAUUGGCAACCGAAAGCUAUGAUAACCUCUUAUGCAGUAGCAGUUAAUACAAACUUGCAAGAGAAUGAAGGUCUUCACGUAAAAUUCCAUGUCAUGAAGUCCGGGAAGAAUGGUGAAAUUGUUUCAAUCAGAAUGUCAGAGCAGCUCCAGUGAUUUUGUCAAAAACUAGCAAAUAUAAUCUUACAACAACUGCCAAGUAUAAUCUUACUGUCUACAAAUCAGAGUUCAUUUUUCAGCAAAUAUUAGAUAUAACUCCAUAAAUACAACAAUCAGCCCCUUAUCAACAAGUUUCAAACGGGUUGUACUCCGCCUAAAAAAUGCAUAUUUUGUUAGUAGAUGAUUUUUGUUUGUAAUAUAUUAGUUACUAGCCAAACUAGCUCAGGCAAAAAUCAUAACUUGCAGCCUGACUUUUCCUUGUGGCUUAUGCUUUCUUGUCCUCUAAUAGAAACCACUUAACAAUAAAUCAACUGAUUUUUUUAGUA